AUGACCACGUCCCAGAAUUAUGAAGAGAGGAAGCAUGGCUUCGAUCGAGACGCGUUGCCUAUAGCUUUUCAAGAUGCGGCUGCGAUGGCGUGGAGCCUCAACAUACACUAUAUAUGGAUCGACACUCUUUGCAUAAUCCAGGAUGAUGCCGCGGAUUGGGAAGAGCAGGCUGCGAAGAUGGGACAGAUCUUUGAGGGCGCUGCCAUCACAAUCGCAGCCUCUUUGUCCACGGAUCCGUAUCAGACUUUUUUUACAGCACGGGAAUCCUCGUAUCAGGAAGCCGAAUUAUAUAGCGAGUUCAAGGGAGAACUUACCGAUGUCGUUUUCAAAGCAAGGAGGAAGAUUACUCGAGGAAUUCACGCCAAAGUUGGGCGUUCGAGGGACAUUGAUCCACUUGACCAACGCGCAUGGGGUUUGCAAGAGAAAAUGCUCUCCAGACGACUUAUAGCCUUCACCGGGGCAGAAUUGCAAUGGACGUGUAGAACACUCAAGGCGUGCGAAUGCCACCAUAAUACAUCUCCAUCGCAACCACUAUUUCCCACGCCUACUGGACCGAUAGCUGCCAACGAUUUCGUGAAACUCUCCAAGAGUUGGAGCCAGAUCGUCGAAGAAUACUCAACCCGCAAAUUGAGGUACCCUGCCGACAAGCUACCAGCUUUGGACGGUUUAGCAAGCAAAUUUGGGACUGCAACUGGAUGGACGUACAUCGCUGGUGGAUGGAGAGAGACUAUACUCUAUGAUCUAGUCUGGCAACGCGACCUUGGACCAACCGUGUCAUCUGCAGGCCGGCGCGGCCCCAGUUUCUCGUGGGCAUCCUCGCCUGGCGCUGUCAACUUUCGGUUUGCGCGUCACUCGUAUCCUGGUUAUCGAAUUGAACACACGACAUUUAUCGAUUUCGGUUACAGAAGUGCUGGCAAACAUGUAUAUAGCAAGGCACCGGACGCAUGGUUGAGGAUUCGAGGUCACACUGUGUCAGCUGUGUUGCGACGAUCUUCUCACGAUUUUCAAGCAUACAAAAUUUGCAUCGAUGAAGCGACGUACUCGCCAAGUACAGAUCAGCGGGCCACUUGUGAAUUCUCUAUCGAUGCUUCGAUACCGUACUACGAUACGAAGAGAACUCCCGGAGCAUUAGAAAACCGACCAAAUGAAGGGUCGAAUGGACCUGACGAUCAUGACAAAGAGCAGUCGAUUCUACUCCUAAGCCUUUACUCUAUCCAUCACCAGAGACACCUGUACCAUAAUUUCUUGAUACUUGAGAGAUCUGACGACGAUGUUGACUCUUAUCGGAGGAUUGGUGUAGGUACAGGUAAGAUGUACCGUGGUAAGGGCUGCGAGGAUAGUUUUCCAAGCGAGCGGCAGCUAGUCAGACCGUUUGAGUGGUUGUUACAAGAUCUCGAAAAGGGUGGUCGCCGCUUCGCUGACAUCGUGGAACGAGACCUGAGCGUACGAUAG